CUCUCCCUCUCUCUGUAAACCCUAACCGUGUCUUCACGGUGAUCUCUGGCCACCAUCCUCGAUACUUGUAUCAACUGGUGCUUUCAUUCCGAUCUCAUUCCCGCAAUCAUGGCCACGCCCUCCUCCGAUGACCAGCAGCCCGUUUCUGCCCUCACGAUGGACGAUGUCAUGCGUGCCAUCAACAAUUUGGGGAAGGAAUUGGAAACUACAAAGUCCUAUCUCGCCAAGGAACUGGACGUCACCAAGAGCCGUGUCGCUGAACUAUUAGCCACAGGCAAUACGCCGACCAGCAACGACAUGCGGCGUCCACCGCCGUACAGGCCACCGCCAGUUGCAUGGCGACCACCCGUCUCCCGCACCUCUCACAUUCCUGCCGCUACCGGCCCUAUACCACGCAUGCGCAUCGAUGCACCCCGGUUUUCGGGGGAAGAUCCUGUGGGAUGGAUUUUUCGCAUCCAAAAAUACUUCGAUUAUUUUCUUACUCCCGAAGCCGAACGCCUUCACUUGGUGGCCAUGCUCAUCGACCAUCCGGCGUCCGAAUGGUUUCGUUACUAUCAGGCCAACAAUUGUCUUAAGCAGCCCAUUCAGCGCGAGGUUAACCUUCGUGCCCCUGGCAUGUUACAGGAAGCAUUCGCCUUGGCUCGGGAGUAUGCCGCAAGCCGUCACGAUGCCCAGGCUGCGCACCCGGCCCGUUACUUCCUUGCCGUCAUACGGUUGACCAACGCCGAAAAAGCCGAACGGGGAAAAAAGGGGCUCUGUUGGUUUUGUGAAGAAAAGUGGGAUCCAACGCAUCGUUGCAAAUGCCGUUUUCUCGCUCUCAUGGGUCCGGAUGACGAGGACCCCGUUACCCUGGAUACUCCCGACGAACUUCCUAUUACAGAUGACUUAGUUAUUACGGGCGACAUCUCCAGCUUGCAUUCUUUGGCAGGGAGCCCUAGCCCCUGUUCCCUCCGCCUCACCGGUAACAUUAACAACUCCCCUGUGCAUGUGUUAUUAGACGGUGGGAGCACCCACAAUUUUAUCCACCCUGCUGUUGCGGAGAAACUUGCGUUGGUCCUCUAUCCGGUGACACCCUUUCGGGUCUACGUCGGAAACGGGGAAUCUCUGCGGUGCUCUUAUUUUUGCCCCCAAACCGCCGUCACCUUGCAGGGUCAUGUGUUUGCAAUUGACCUCUAUUUGUUAGAAAUUCAUGGACCGGAAGUUGUAUUGGGCGUACAGUGGCUUCAAACCCUCGGCAAAGUCUCUCACGAUUAUGCAAAUCUCACCAUGGAAUUCACCUGGAAUGGGGCGACAGUGCAACUCCGGGGUGAUGCGCCGGGUCCCAAACCGAUUUCCUACGGGAAUUUAUGCACCUUGGUGGCGACCCAGUUGCCGCUGGAGUUCUACGAGUUGGUACCAGCCCCUACGGAUGCCCCCCCAGCCACGGCAGCCCUGGAGUUCCCUUCGGACGUACCGGCGCCUGUUACAACCAUCUUGCACACCCAUGCCGCGGCCGCCGAUGCGCUGUCCAGGCGCGACUCUGAUGACAAUACGACAGCUUCUUUUGUGGCUCUAUCACAGCCCAUUCCGGUUCUGCUAGAGGCAAUUAAGGCCGAACAGCGCACCCAACCGGAGAUAGCCGAGCUCAAAACCGCCGUCGAGGCUAGCACGACCCCCCACGCAUUCACCGUCCAGGAUGGGGUGCUCUAUUAUAACCGGCGCAUCUGCCUUAGUGCGGACUCCGCCCUCCGGCAGCAGCUCCUAGCGGAAUUUCACAGCUCCCCAUUGGCAGGCCACCAAGGCAUUGAGCGGACAUUCCGCCGGCUUGCAGCAGUUUUCUACUGGCGAGGCAUGCGCAAGGACGUACGGGCUUUUCUCGCGGCAUGUGUCCCCUGUCAAGCAACCAAAUACUCGACCCAGAAACCGGUGGGUCUUCUUCAGCCCUUGCCCGUGCCCGACCGCGUGUGGGAUUCGGCAUCCAUGGAUUUCAUCACCGGCCUUCCCCCGUCGCGAGGUUACACGGCCAUCCUUGUGGUAGUGGAUCGUCUGUCAAAAUAUAGCCACUUUGGCCCCCUCCCUGCGGGGUUCGAUGCCCCUCGAGUGGCCGCCCUAUUCCUCGACAUGCAUUCCGUCGCCAAACAAAAAUCGGCAAAGCUAGGCCGCCGUUACUACGGUCCCUUUGAAGUCUUGGAGCGCGUGGGACAGGUGGCGUACCGCUUGCGUCUUCCUACUGGAUGCCGCGUGCACGACGUUUUUCACGUCUCUCUCCUCCGUCCGUUCGUGACACCAGACACCGGCGUGCCUGCCCCGACGUGGCCAGUAGAAUUUGUCCAGAAUCAUCCGCUAUCUGUUCCAGUGGCAGCCCUGCGUAGUCGGACCGUGCUCAUCGAUGGGGAACCUCAAGAUUAAUGGCUGAUUCGCUGGUCUGAAUGUCCCUACAGUGACGCGACGUGGGAGCCCGUGCGCAUGUUACGUGAACAUUUUCCAACUCUCCGCCUUGAGGACAAGGCUGCUUCCAACGGCGGGGGAGAUGAUACGGGCCUAGGGCAUGCAGCCCAUGACGUGCAAGAAGAACCCGAGUCCCCGAGGUUAAGGCGUUUGCGAAGGAACGUUGGGCCGCCCCAACGUUACAAGAAUUAUGUGUGUCCUUAAUAAUUAUUUUCUAUUUAU